CGAGGCAUUUAAAUUCGUGCACAUUAGAAAAAUAAAUGACAAUGAAAGAAUAAGAUUUGUACUCUCAGUGUUUCUACAUUUUAUGAUAGGAAGUUUAUUGGAUGACAUUAGGCUGCCACGUCUACAUGGGAAAUUAAACAAUAGUUAAAACUGAACUACUGUUGGAGUAUUUGAAAGUGCUUUUUUUAGUGUUUUUGGAGUAAAAUAUUUUCUACUUGCAAAAUUUCAGUGAUUUUUAAGUGAAAGUAAUUUUUCGGGUCUGUUUACCAUAUGGAAAAAUUAAAAUGUGGAUUAUUUGACAAUAAUGUCCCAAGCGGAUUCAGGAUGUAUGUUAGAGUAAUGUGGGUCCUACUCCUACUGGCUCUGGUGGCGUGUUCAGCACUUCCUGUCACAUCCGAGGAAGGGGAGUCGGACUACCUUAACCUAUUCCUAGUGAAGGUCCACAAAAGGUCAGCCAUCCAUGACCUGGCGGCUGAGCAUGGGUUCAAGGUCACAGAUGAGCUAGAAGAACUGGGUUACCAUUUAUUGGAACAUGAGGAAGUGUCACGGAGAUCCAAAAGAAGUGCUGAAAAUCAUGUUAAAAAACUAAAGGAGGAUUCUAGAGUGAAGUUUGUCCAGCAGCAGAAGCUGUUGGUUCGUGAGAAGAGAGAGAUCUUGUAUGACAAACAACUGGAGAUGCCAGAGCGUAACUUUGACCCCUCAGAGUUUUACCGGGCCCCCCAGUCCCACCUGUACAGUAGGGACUUCACUAGCACCCAGGGGGUGUCCUUUAAUGACCCCUACUAUAAAGACCAGUGGUAUUGUGACAAUUAUGGGCAGUCUGGUGGAAAGAAAUUUAUUGACCUCAAUGUCAAGGUCGCGUGGAACCAAGGUUACACUGGUAAAGGGGUCACAAUCACCGUGUUAGACGACGGCGUGGAUCAUAGCCACCCAGAUCUUCAGAGGAACUAUUCUCCUUUUGCAAGUGCUGACUUAAAUGAUAAAAGUGAUAAGAACAACGACCCUAUGCCAAACACCAAAGUUCCAGGAAAUAGUCAUGGAACACGCUGUGCUGGGGAGAUUGCAGCUGAAGCCAACAAUAAUGUUUGUAGUGUGGGCGUGGCUUAUAAUGCCAAAGUAGGAGGUGUGCGUAUGUUGGACGGAGCUGUGUAUGAUACGAUAGAGGCCAAGGCAGUCAACUUUAAGAACCAGUUUAUUGAUAUAAUGAGUGCCUCCUGGGGACCAAGGGAUGAUGGACGAACACUGGAGGGCCCAGGCCCCGCGACCUUAGAUGCUCUGGAGGCAGGGGUCAACAAGGGCAGAAAUGGUAAGGGCACUAUUUAUGUGUGGGCAACAGGAAAUGGUGGUGUCCACGACGACGACUGUGGUUGUGAUGGUUACGUGUCCUCACCUUACACUUUAUCUGUGGGCAGCAUCUCCGAUCGUGGCCAGGCUCCUUAUUUUGAUGAAAAGUGUGCCUCCACCAUGACAGUGGUACCUAGUGGGGGGGAGAUCAGAGCUGGGGAAUUCGGUGGAAAACCCAAAAUUAAAGUGGUGACCACAGACAUUAAUGGGGGCUGUAUCCUGGGAUUUGAGGGGACAUCUGCUGCCGCCCCCCUGGCUGCUGCCUGUACCGCCCUGGCCCUAGAGGCAAACCCUGAUUUGACAUGGAGAGAUAUGCAGCACAUUGUCGUGGAGACCGCUAAGAUCCCCUCCGUGGACCACACCUGGAUUGUUAACGGGGCAGGGAAACAUGUCAGCCACUCCUUUGGGUUUGGAGUGAUGGACUGCGGGGCUAUGGUGAAUGCUGCCUUAAACUGGCAGACCGUCCCAGAUCUCAAGAUCCAGAAGUCUCAGGUGUAUGAGAUCAACAGGCCCAUACCCACCAGGGACUGUGUAACGAGAACAGUACAAUACGUCCCUGAGGGAUCUCCCAUAAUUCAGUUGGAACACGUCCAGCUGUACGUCAAAUUACAGCACACUCGCCGUGGUGAUGUGCAGAUUUAUCUGACCUCUCCCAGUAAAACCGAGUCAGAAAUGUUGUCCACCAGGACGAAUGAUGAGUCUAAGGACGGUAUUGACUUUACAUUUAUGACGGUCCACAAAUGGGGGGAGAAUCCCGCAGGAAACUGGGGAGUCAAAGUGUGUGAUAAUCGCAAAUCAACCACAGAAAAUACAGGAAAACUGGAAAAAUUCCAGGUAAUCUAUUAUGGAACUACAGAGAGACCAGCAACUCGUAGUACAGGAAACCAGCAAUCUCACAAACUGCCCCUGGCAACGGUAGAGGAGAUAGAGAAGACAGAAUUACUGAAAUCACGGAACCUAAAGCUCAAAAGAAACACGGGAGACAAAAAGAAAAAGGCCUACCAGGAACAGGAUGUCAACACUGAAAAAGAGAGGGCUUUUGACAUUGAUUUCGGGGAAGAGAAGCUGGAUGGGCAACUGGAAGAUCGAGAGUUUGAGAGCCAGAAGGAGAGGAAGAGUGAGCUAUAUAAGAAGUUGUUGGAAGACCUAGAGGAAAUGCUGGAGGGUAGGAGUGAGGAGGAGGAAGACCAGUACAGGGAGGAAAAACGAGGGAGGGACAAGACUCAGGAACUACUGGACGAAAUUGACCGAGUUCUUAAAAAUAAUGAGUAACCAUGAUAGCCUUUUGUUCACGUCUUCAAUAGGAGUGGUUAGUCAGUGUUAUGUUUAACAAUAUAAAAAGAUCUGGUCAUCUCAUAAGCUGAUUUUGAUUUAUUUUGUCAUUUUGAAGUGUUUAGAUUUAUUUUCAAUUCAAAAUUCAGAUCUUUGGAAAUAUUUUCAAUUAAAAAUUCAGAUUUUUGUAAAACCAGCUUAUUUUAAGAAUCUCCAUGUAUAUUGAUCUUUGUUAAGAAGUUGAGGAAGCAUAGUGGAUAUGAAUAAGGUUAAUAACAUGACAGAAAAGAAUGUAGAUUUUUCCAAUGGAAAUAAAUAUAUAGCAAAUGCAAAACAUCAGUUGAUUAUAAACUUAAUUUGAAAUACCUUUACUGACUGACCUCUCCUACACUUGUUGAUGAUGGCUAUAUUUGGCUCUUAUUGAUGAGGAACACUUUUGAAAAAGCAAUAAUUUCUGAGAAUAUACUCAUGGGAACUGGUUUCUGCUUUACACAACACUCAAUUCUACGCAGCUUUACUAAUGUUUAAUUACUCCUGAGGCCCAUCUUUCUUCAUUUCCUGAAAUAUAUUGAGUUUUGUAGGAGGGUUUUUGAAUCUCAACAAUUGGCUUCUGUUAUUUAGCCAGUUUUUUUCUGACUACAAUAAUUUUCAAAAUCCUGUGUUUUGUUUUAUAUAACUAUAAGUUAUAAAGAAAGAAAACACAUUUUAAAGACAGGGUAUUAUAAGUGUUGAUGGAUUA